CCGCGGUGCGGACGUGUUUGACAGUAAUUCAAAAAUGGGGCAGUGGAGCCGAUCAGAGUGACCGCGGCGGAGCGUGAAGGAGGCCGCCGGAGACCGCAGACACCCCCGCCCGGUGCCGCUCGGCUCUUUGUGUUUUUGUUGUUGUGUGUCUCCUUCACACGGAGGCUCCCGCGCUGACCAGCAGAAACGGGAAUGAAUGAGGAAAGCGGGCCGUUAAAAGGUGGCCGCAUGCACGGAGGACAGUUUUUUUUAGGGUUGGGACUCUGAGGGGGAAGACAGCUUUGACUCCUGCCUCUGCGGAGUGAGUCCUCUCGCUCAUACACGAUCUUCGGCGCUAACUGAGCGGAGCUACAGCUAACGAGCGGCCAGCAGACCCGAGCGGCGGCUCCUCGAGUCGGUAUGAUGCCCGGUGACAGCAGCAUGGCCUCCAUCGUUCAGAGGAUAGCUCGGCAGGCUCUCGUUACCUUCAGGAAUCCGCCCGUGGUCGGCGAAGAGGCCUCGAAGUGCUUCCUGGAGAACCACAGCAAGCUGCGGAGCCUGAUGUCGGAAGUGCGGGCGACGGACCUGAAGCUCGUCCCGCGGAGAGCCGACGACAGCGGCGCGCCCCCUCCUCAGCAUCCGUAUCACCGCGGCGUGCCCCCGGUCACCUACAUGCACAUCUGCGAGACGGACCAGUUCAGCAUGGGGGUGUUCCUGCUGAAAAGCGGAGCCUCUAUCCCUCUCCACGACCACCCGGGGAUGCAUGGCGUGCUCAAAGUCAUGUACGGGAAGGUCCGGAUCAGCUGCUUCGACCGCCUGGAACGGCCGGGCGGCAGCAGCGCGCUGCCCCGGGGAGAGAUGGGCGCUCUACGGCGCUGCGUACUCCACUCCACCGGGGAGUACACGGAGGAGAGCGGGCCCUGCAUCCUCUCCCCUGACCGGGACAACCUCCACCAGAUCGACGCCGUGGACGGGCCCACGGCGUUCAUGGACAUCCUGGCCCCGCCGUACGACCCGGACGACGGCAGAGACUGUCACUACUACAAGGUGCUUCCCGGGGAUGGGGUCAAAGACUCGGAGCAGAAGGAGAAGGAGGUCUGGCUCAUGGAGAUCUCACAGCCUGCGGAGUUCUGGUGCGGAGGGGAGCCGUACCCGGGCCCGGAGGUCUGCCUCUGAUCCCCCUGCAGACCCGCAGAUCUGUGAAGGAUCUCCAUAACCAUCUGUCAGAGCCAGAGGAGUUAAAGGGGCCAAAUCUGGGAUUUAAUUCUGGCGAAGAGUAGAGGUGAUGCACCAGCCCUGUAACACAAACUCUGCUAAAGUGAAUUUUAUUCAGUUCAGUUUCCUCCUCACUUGGACAAACAUUAGAGCCACAGGCAACACUAAACAACUUCCUGUGUGUGCUGCGAUCCCCCGUGGAUGUCAUGGUCAGGAAACCAGAUCUGCAUCACACUCUUAUGGUCCUCAAUUUCACAAAGUUUAUUUAAAAACAGCCAAAAAAAAAGAAAAGAAAAGGGAAUUAAAUCACACCAACAUGAUUCUUUCCACAGAAAUUAAACCAGAAUCUGAGGUCUGAGCUGUCCUGAAAACCUAACUCACUCCUAGUGAAUCACUCAGUGUUCAUAUUUACACUAAUUAUAUGGACUAGCUGCUCAAAUCACACAUAAAUAUUUAAUUCAAUAAACACGUUUACAGGCAUUCAGACUGUCAAACAAGAGAAACACACAAAUAAUGUAAUAACAAAAUAACUGUGAAAGUAAAUCAGAUGAAAAUUAGUGCAACUCAUAGAGAACUGAGGCUAUUACUGUGGAGAUUAAAACCG